GCACGCUGUUUGUGGACAUUGGCGCGCCAUUUUCCAGCAAUUUCUCACCUCGCCUCUGCCAAUCAGACCACGCCAGAGCCAGAAUUGAGCCAUCUCCACCGUCAUACGCACUCUCCACGAGUCGACAACACCUUCGGCGGAAUAUCACUUCCAUGCUCUCAAUUGGGCGAUAUUGGGAGAGGCUCGCAUCCUGAUGAUCCUGAUGGCUGCAAGUGCACAGUGCAAUCUACCGUGUAUUGCCUCCAGGCUCCCUCUUCGCGGGUAACGGGUUGGCUAUUGGUAGGGAACCCAUGCUCACUGCCUUUGCAGAAUGCUUCGUCAAACAAGCGAGCUACGCGGUUGCUACGCAGCUCGGCAGUGGCAGUCCAUCGUCCAUGGAGCAUUAAUGUUGUUCGUCAAUACAAUAGAGUUCGUGCGUCCCAACCUGACAACCCGCCCGUCGUCCGAUACGAGCGAGCGAGACAUGACACGGCCUUUCUCUCCUAA